AUGAGAUUUUGUUCGGUUUUUACUGCAUUUUCAUUUGCAGCUUCCUCCGCUUUAGCUGCUCCAGUUAAUACCACCACUGAAGACGAAAUGGCUCAAAUUCCGGCUGAAGCCAUCAUUGGUUACUUGGAUUUAGAAGGCGAUUUUGAUGUUGCUGUUUUGCCAUUUUCCAACAGCACAAAUAACGGCUUAUUGUUCAUAAAUACUACUAUUGCUAACAUUGCUGCUGAAGAAGAAGGGGUGACUUUAAACAAAAGAGAGGCUGAUGCUUGGCACUGGUUGCAAUUGAAACCUGGUCAACCAAUGUACAAGAGAGAAGCCGAAGCUGAAGCCAAUGCUGAAGCUUGGCACUGGUUGCAAUUAAAACCUGGACAACCAAUGUACAAGAGAGAAGCUGAAGCCGAAGCCGAAGCUGAAGCUUGGCACUGGUUGCAAUUAAAACCUGGACAACCAAUGUACUAG